AUGAUUCUCAGGGAUCUUCUCUUUCUCUCGCUUGUUGCCUCGGGUUCUUGGGUACAAGCCAACACGGUGGUUGUCGCAACAAACUCUGGGGAGGCUUUGGCUGACAUCGCUCUGGCUUUCAUUUAUGAGCUCCCUAACGCUCCUUUGGCCCUCAGUGGUGGAUCGUUCGACGGGGCUGCUAACAGUUCAGGCGCCUUUACAAAUGGACCGUGGAACAUGACGGGCGGUGCACUCCUCACAACAGGUUUAGUGAUAGACGCGACCUUGCACGGUAAUCAGUCAACAAACAACAACUUCAAUGGAUCAGAGCAAUGUGGAAGUGACUCUUUUGAUGCCUCCACUCUCGCCAUGAGUGUUGUAGUUGGAGAAGGAUAUUCGGGUCUGACAGCCACGUUGGCAUUUGUAUCCAAUGAUCCACGAGACGUUAUGGUCGUUCUCGUGGAUGACAUUCCAAUUGCAAAACUCAACUUAUGCGAUUGUGGAGAUUCCCUCGAACUUGACGCAUCGACACCGCAAACAAGCACAGGAUAUCUGGAAGGACCGACCAUCGACUAUGAUGAUUCUCUAGAUCUGUCAGACACAGUCCCCUUCUUCGUCAUCAACCUCUUCGCCCUCAUCAACUUCUACAGGGAGUCAGAGGGUGUUAUCAAGUUCAUCGCUGCGUAUUUCAACCAAGAUCUACUCGACCGGGUCCAGCUCCGUGUCAACUUUUAUGACAACAAGGAGUAUGCAUUCGAGCAGCACAAUACCUACGAAGAUACCCUCCGCCGGCCGAUUAUCAUCAGAUACCACAAGACCAAGCUCGCAGUCCAGCUUCUUGUCGUCUAUUUAUAUUCACGCUUCAUCUACAACACUGAGUGCGAACGUCUUGCGAUCGACGUCCAUCCAUCCUCUGACCUCGGCACCAAUUUCAUCUUCCUCCCCAAGAAGCAUGUCGUGGAGCCUAUCCGCAACAUCCAGCGCAAUUUCGACCGCGACAGACCUUGGAGUCUCUUUCACAAGUAUAACUCCGUCAUCACUAUCUUCUGCAUCCACAAUACCAUCAGCAGCCUCCACGACCGUACCCCCUCACAGCUCACAAUUGAGCAUAGGUUCUCGCCCACAGCCGAACGGAACUCCGACCUUCUCUACAGACAAUCUAAUUGGGCAGUCUUCAAUAAUGUCUAUUACUUCGUCAUCUAUCAGCAUUCCGGACGAUAUGACCGUCUCAAAUCCGAGUCAGACACUGUCGGCACCAUACAGCUUGUCAUCCGCGACCUCGUCUGUUUCCUCAGACCAGAGUGCCUCGACACCGGGAUCCGGUAG